AUGUGCCUUGUGGGAUGGAUAGGAGAUGGGAGUAUCGUCACCACUCAAAGACCAAACCUGAGCAACCCAAGGGUGGUUGAAGGAGAGGAGAGGGGUGGAGGUGAGAACCACGGACGAGAACGCGACUCCGAGGGGUUUAAGGUUGUGUGUAGCCGCUGGCUGGGAUCCGUUUGGGGGGGGGGUCCACGGUGGGGGAGGAAGGGAGUAAAAGAGAAGGGAGAGAGAGGAAAGGGAGAAAAGAAGAAGAAGCGAAAGUUGAAGGACGUGGUUGAUCCAGAGCCUCGGGUUCCCUACAAACCGGACAGCACAUUUUCUUGGUGCAUACCCAAACUCUUCUCCAUCCUCCGCUUAAAGUUGGAGGAGUGGAAGUUUACCGGUUGGUCAACUGAGUUUCGCUCACCUCGCUGGAGAAACCUCGACUCCUUCCUUGUCGGGCAUCGUCUUCCCCCUCCGAUCUGCUUCUCCUCCAAUGAAAUUGCCAUUUGCCUGGCGCUCCUGGGCUUGGACCCGGCGCCAACUCGGGAUCGACCAAAAGGGCUCCACCUGCGCCCGCGCGGGAUGCGGACCGUCUGGGUCUCGAUGAUUAUGUCUGGAGACUGGGUCAUUUCGAGAGCCAACGAACGAUUCAAGAAUAUUUCCAACCAAGACCAGAAGGAGGAACAAGGAAGAAGAAUAAUCACCUCCUUGAAGACCGAGUACAAAGAGGAAAUGAUGGGCCCAGCACAGACUCAACCCAGCCGAAUGGGUAACGCCGAGAAGCUUCGCAGCGUGGCGCCCACUCAGCUCGUUGCAGUAUGGAUGGUCAAUCGAACACUCAUAACACGCUACACAUCCCUGCCAAACCCCCAAUCCUCCUCCCACAGCCCUGGGAUCGGGCGAUGCGACGCUGCGAAUCAACUUGGACCCCGGGACUCGUGGAACGCGCAUCCUGGUUCGUUCCCGACGCGCGUUGAGUGA